AUGGCAUCCCAACCUCCAGCGCCGGAGAGGCAACCGUUCGAGGAGAGCAAAGAGGACGAGUCGCAGUCGCAUAACGAAACGGUGUUGAAACAUGAAGGAACCUCCAACCGUCAAGACUACGACAUGUUCGCCGAGUCCACUCCAUCUGCAUCGCCUGCCCUUGACACCGCCGACGCGACAAAUUCCGCAUCGAUAGCUGUUGACCUCGCACCUGCGCCGACUUCUUUGACGGCAACUGCACCUGAAGACGAGCACAAAGACACGAUUGCAGCGCGGCUAGAGAGUGAGAACAGCGCGUCUAUCGCGCCAACGACAGCGACGGAUUACAUUCCCGAAAUGAAAGACCAUGCGUCGCAACAAUCCGCGCUUCUUCCCACCGCGCAACCCGAUCCUGUUGAUCACGCUGCAUCGACCGUCGAGCCGGCCAAGACAGAACCAGAUCCAAUCGCGACCAUAUCCGUCCCACCGCCCAUUGAACAACCCACGUCGGAUGUGAGAGACGAACCGGUAGCAGAACAAGUAGCUCUGGAAGAAGCGCCGGUUGUGAAACCGGACUUGGCUUUUGAUGGCGUACCGGAUGCAAUGGACACCACAGAAGAUGUAGCAAAACAAACUGCAACGGAGGAACCGGCCACGAAUGGCACGGCGAACCGUUCAUAUCCGUCACUUUCCGAGUCAGUUCCACCUGUCACGGAGUCGCCCCAAAUGGACGACAGUGCCCAGAGUACUACUGCGAAUACGUCUAUGAUGGAUACUCAGCCGACCGAUGUCAGCGAAAAGCUUCAAGUGAAUGAACCAGCCUCCAGUUCCGCUCCCCCAGAUACCGCCACUGGCACAGAUAUGGAUGCGACAAUGACCGAUGUACCCGCACCCAGCAAGGUGCGCGCAAGGGAGGAUGAGGACGAUGCAGAGCCGGCAGCAAAGCGCGCAAAGACUGACGAGGGCUCGGCUCCUGUUCCACCACAGUCAUCAGAUGCGCAGAAGUUGGAUGUGCCGGUGGCCGAACAACCGGCUACUCCAUCGCCAGCUCCUGCGACAAAUGGUACCCCUCAAGCAGGGCCAGCACCCCCCGCGGCCACUCCCAGCUUCGCGGACGAGAUCAUGGCCAAGCGAGAUUUCGACUCCAACCCCAUCUCGGAUGCACAGCACCGGUACCUGCAAGAAUCUCUUCGCAAGGCCAAAAAGAUCAAGGCCGGUGCCUCUUUUGCCGAGCCUGUUGAUCCCGUCAAACUCAACAUCCCUACGUAUUUCGAAUUCAUCAAGCGCCCAAUGGAUCUCACAACCAUCGAGAAGAAGCUUCGUGAACGCGAAUAUUCCUCCACAAACGAUCUUAUGGACGAUUUCGACACCAUGGUCCGCAAUUGCAUGACCUUCAACGGCCCGAAUCAUGCAGUUACCCUCUCGGGCUACGAUUUGAAAGCCUACUUCAUCAAACUUCUCAACGUCAUGCCCAAGUCGGGUGACCCGCUGCCAGCUCCGAAAAAGCUGUUAAAACCUCCCACGGCGCCGACUCGUCUUUCGCAACCGCGACGAGAAUCGCGUACAAAGUCUUCGCCCCCGGCGCCCCCUGCGCCCGCCGUGGUCCCAACCGCCAUGCCACCUCCUUCCGGCAGUGCUGGGUCGCCUCCAGCGUCUACGGCAUUCGCACUCAAACCUGACGGGCUUCCUCUGAUUCGCCGCGAUAGCGCUGCCACGGAUCGACCAAAGCGCGAGAUCCAUCGACCACCGUCCAAAGAUCUCAUCUACAACCAGCCCAAGCCGAAGGGCAGGAAAGCGGUGGAACUGCAGUUCGCCGAGCAGGUGGUCAAUGAAUUCUACAAGCCCAAAUACGAAGCUGUCGCAGCCUCAUUUUACUAUGAAGUCGACCCUGUGGCUCUCCAGAUCCCCACCUACCACAAGGUCAUCAAAAAGCCAAUGGAUCUUGGUUCCAUCCGAAGGAACGUUGAACAAGGCCACUACCAUAACGCCAAGGAUGUGUAUCGCGACUUCAAGCUUAUGCUCAGCAACUGCUACAAGUUCAACGGACCGGAUCAUCCUAUUAGCUUCGCGGGCAAACAGCUGGAGAAAUACUUCGAGGACGAAUGGAGUAAACUGGACGACUAUGUCUCGAAGAACACACCCGCCAGCCCCACGGAAGUCGACCUCAGCGACGAAGAGGAGGAAGAGGAGAGCGACGUGGAGGAUUCUGGAGUAUGGAUGAAGCGUCAGAUGGACGAAUUGAACGCCGUCCAAGCCGAAUUGCAAGCUUUGGCGAAGCGGCAGUUUGAUCUCCAAAACCGACAUGGAGACCUUCUAAAGGAAAUCCAAGAGGGUCAGCUCAAAGGGAAGGCGGUCAGUCCCAAGGUUGGAGGCAAGAAGAGCAAGACCAAGAAGCCCAAGCUCGAAGGGGGUAGCAAGGGUGGAAAACGGGGAAGUGGAGUUGGGGUGGCGAAAGAUGACACCAAGAAGAAAGGUGGGGCCGCGGCGAAGCCGAAGAAGAUCCCGACCUUGGGAUUGCCGCAGAAGACGGAGAUCAGCAAUUACAUCGACACUCUCACGGACAAUGACAGGGUGCAAGAAGUACUAGGGAUCAUCAGGGCGGGAAUGCCGUCCGUAGCGAACCUCGACACCCAAGAGAUCGAACUCGACAUUGACCAAAUCCCCAACCACGUCCUCUAUGACCUCUACGUCUACAUCUGCAAGUCCCGCGGCGAGAAACCCAACUUCGGCACGUCCACUGGCCGGGCCUCCACCGUCGACGACGGCGCAUACGACCGCGACCUCGAGGACGCCGACUUCCAGCCGCGCAAGAAGAGCGGCGGCGGGCGGCGCGGGCGCAAAGGCGGGUCGGGCGGCACGGGCGACGACAGCGCGGCGGCAGCGCAGCGCAAGAAGAACAAGCCGAUGAAGCCGGCGGAGCAGGAGGCGCGCAUCAGCGAGAUCAAGCAGGCGCUAGGGGGGUUCAGUGGGAAUGGGGGAGCGGGGCAUGGGGUGGUGGAGAGUGUGGAGGGGAUAGGGCACGAUGAGGACAGCGAGGAUGAUAGUGACGAUGAGAGUGAGAGUGAAGAGGAGUAG